AUGUAUUUCCCGCAAAAUAUCUACGAGCAGCGCUCUGCCCUUAUUGCCGGAACCCUUCCGUCAACAUUCUAUGAAGAAGGUUUCGGCGGAGCAGAGCGCACUAUCACACAUUGGAGGGCAAAAUUCGUGAAAAAAGAUUGGCCACAGCAGCGUGGUCGCAUUCAGCAAGGACGAGAAGAUGCCUGCUGUCCGGAGAUGGAGGAAGGAGAAGAAGGCCUGGAGGUGCACGAGAAGACAGCGGAGCUGUUGCAGAAGAUGGCCGAGCAGGAGCGAGCCGGUCAAGCGGUCAUUAUGGGCAAACGGGCGAUGGUCGAGUUCGACGAGAGACGCCAGAAAUGCCGCGAGGCACUGCGGCAACUGCGUACCGUGGACAAACGUGAGUGGGGAAUAUUGCUGGCUAUCAGAUUUGGUGGCAAGAACGAAAGCGACUUUGAAGCAGCAGCAGCUCUCCCAGUACUGAAGCGCACAAUUUUAUAUAUCUUCAGUUUUAUUGAGGCGAAAAAAAAAGAUUAG